UCUCUCUCAUCCCACAAUGGAAAAAGUGGAAUAACAGCCCUCACUCUGCUCUCCCUGAAAAGUGGUUACAGCGAGAAAGAAAAUGACUGAAAUUUGGAGAGAGAGAGAUUGCGACUUUGAUGAUGGAUGUUGUUGGCUUUCGGAGGAGAAGCAACUCGUGGGAGGGGGUAGCCAUUGUUGCCGUUUGUUGUUUCUUUCGUUUUUUCCUUCAUUGUAAAGCUUCCCCUUUACUAAUCGGGGGACCAUGAUGAACAUGUGGAUUCCUAAAACUUCCCAUACGCUUCUCCUACUCUGCUACUGUUCAUUUUCUCCCUCUCCGCGACUUUGAUUCAUCCGCCAGCCAGAAAGCAAGGCGAAGGCUAAAGAAAGUGCGUGAAAAUUGGGUUCGUGGGCCGGUGCUGGAGAUAAGAAAUUUGGCCCUCUCUGCCUCCAUUUUCUCAUCCUUUUCGUUGUAAAAAAGAUACCCACUUUUUCCCACCCCACCAAGCAAGCAGAAGCUCCCCUGUUCUCCUUUCCCUUCCAUUUCUUCUGGGCUUACUUACGUUCUCUGCCUGUUUCCCCACCCCAUUUUUGGUGCGUUUUUGCGUCGGCAGAGAACCUUUUUCCUUAACGUUUGAGAGGGACAAUUUCAGUUUGUAGAUUAGAACAAAAAACCCAAAACGGCAGACUGGUGAUUUUUUUUUUUGUUUGGGCUGGUCGCUUGCAUGGUCAGUUUCGGAUCAAAUUUUGUUGUUUGAGCUGUCUCCUACCCGGGUUUGUUGUUUUAGGUUUUAGCGAUCCUCACCAGGUGAGAAAGUUUAUAUCUUUCGAUUCCCUCCAUCCUGCAUUCUUCGAUCUUCACGUUUUUUGUUUUGAGGCGUUUGAAGGUUUUCCCCUUACGAGACAAACUGGAACUGGAUUCUCUAGUCUUGUUGGGGUUGUGGCUUCAGUGGCAUUUUGCAAAUCUGCUUAAAGUGCUUGCUCACUCCCUUCAUCCCGGCCUUUCAUGCAUUUAUCCACUUCACAAGGUUUGGAGUGUAAACAUGUGGUGAAUGUCCCAAGUUAAUUAAGUAUAACAUAGUGAUUAUAAAUAAGAUAACCAUUAUGGCAAAGAAAUCUCAAAGACGUCCAGCUGGAAAUGCAAAGCCAGGCUGCAUGUGGGGCCUAAUUAACAUGUUGGAUUUCCGCCAUGGGCGAGUUACUCAGAAGCUGCUCCCAGAUAAGAGACUCGAGAGCAGGCAUGUUCCUGGGCAUGGAUAUGAUACUACUAAGCAUGACUUGUCACCGAAUUCUGAUGAAAAGACAUCUGAUGGUAAAGGCAAUCUUGUUUUGAAUACUGAGUUCCGCAAGCCAAGUGUCAAGAAACUCAUAGAAGAAGAUUUGCUAAAUGAGCAAACUUUGAAGAGUGAGAUAAAUGACAAUCAGAUACAGCCCAAAUUAGAACAGGAGGAGCGACAGCGAAAGAGGAGCAGCAAGAGAACAAAGAGGGGUCGUUCAAAAAGUUAUGAAAUACAUGUUGAAGAUCUGAAUGCUGCAGACAUUAGGGAACAUGAACAGCCUUGUGCUCAGAAGUUAGCGAACCAAUCUAGUGACAGUCUUUAUGUAGGUGAAAUAAUAGAGGAGUUCUGCCAUCAGCUCCAUCAGAAAGGUAGUAAUUGCAUAAAGCAUGGCGAGGAUUGUGAAUUCCAUCAUCCGAAACAGAGUAACAUAAAUUUUGAAGAGAGAUUGAGCGAGGCCCUUAAUAUUUUUGUCAGACAGAAGCAUCCAAUUGAAGAGGAGAAUAUCCCCAGCUCCAAAGAACUCACAGAUGCUCUUCACAUAUUGUGUUCAGAUGAGGAAUUGGCUUCAAGACUCUUACUGGGUCAAAAGUCAAUGAUAAUGAAGCAAUUGGAGAAAGCAUUGAUUUCCCAAGUAGAAAAUGAUGACUCAAAGUCAUUGGUAGGAAGUAGUACCAUGAAAGAAGAGCAUGAACCUGUACUCAGAAAGCAUAGGAGAUUCUUCAGACGAAGCAAGUCCCUUGCAAACUUCUCUUCUGAGGAAAUUGAUACAUUUCAUGCUUCAAAUAGGAUUGUCAUAUUGAAGCCUGGGCCUACCAAAGAUGCUACUGGCUCCUUGAGGCAGUCUCAAAUGACUGCCGAAGACGAGUUGCCAAAUGAAAGGGGAAGUUCCCAUUUUUCCCUUACUGAAAUAAAAAGGCGCUUGAGAAAUGCUAUGGCGAAAGAGUCAAGGAAUGUCUCAACUGUUAAGAGAUACACCAAUGAGGCGUGGGCCGCAGGAGAUGGUGACAGAAGAAGGUUCAAAGAGAACACUGGAAAAAGUUCUCCAGGCAAAGAGCACUUCUUUAUAGAAAAGGUCGCGAGACUCCCUCCCACUAGUCCCAAGAAGUCCAAAGAACCUGAACAAAGUAUGCAAGAUGAGGAUGGCAAACCUAUUAAACAGAGUGUAUCUGAUAUAUAUUUAGAGGCUAAGAAACAUCUUUCAGAGAUGUUGAUAACUGGGACUGGGGAUGUAGACUUCCCAAGCAGACAAUUCUCCAAACCGCUGGGGAGGAUCUUGUCAUUUCCAGAGUACAACUCUUCUCCUUUUGGCAGUCCUGGAAGAGAUUCGGAACACAGUUUCGUUACAGCACGAAUGAGAUUGCCCAACAUUGACUCAUUAGGUAGACGGGAAGGCAAUAUCAGCCAUCUAGGUGAAAAAUCACUGAGCUCAGAUGCACCUUCAUCUGAUAUUGAAGCACAGGCUCCUACGGACCAAACUUCAAGUUCCUCCAAUGAACUUGUUCAUGUUGCUGAAGUGGAGAAAUCUGUUGGUUCCAUGCAAGAUGAGAUGAUGACUCAGGGUAGAUAUGUGGAGAUUGAAGAGGCCUCUGAGAUUAUUAUUGCCCCAGAAGAGGGCAACGUCAUCAAUAAUCUUUCUGAAACAAGUAGCUGUUCCGUCAUCAUUAAUGACCAAAAUGGCGUUGACUCAUCUGAAGUUAGAGAUGAGAAAGCUGAUACUGAGCCCUUGGAGCAUGAAAGUUCUCCAUUUGAUUCUCCAUCAAAACGGAAGCAUGAUGAUUUGGAAGCUACUGAUGUGCCAGACCGUCCAAGUCCGGUGUCCGUCCUUGAGCCAUAUUUUUCAGAGGAGGAUGUUAGCCCGGCGGCUACCCGAACCCAACACGUUGAACUGUCAUUGCAACCACUAAGAAUCGAAUUUGAGGAACAAGGAUCUUCAUCUGGGGAUCACGUUGCCCCUUCAAAAACCACGGAUCACGAGGACUCCAUGCUCAAGUACAUAAAGGAUGUACUGCUAGACUCUGGCUUGAACUGGGAGGAGUUCUACUUGAUGUCCGAUUCUUCCGACCAGAUUCUCGACCCAUCUAGUUGUCACGAGCUCGAGUUCUACCCUAACCAGUUUUGCAAUGACAAGCAGCUUCUCUUCAAUUGUAUCGACGAGGUUCUAAUGGAGGUAUACGAUUUCUAUUUCGGUUCAUCACCCGGAUUGUCUUUGGGAAACCCUGCAUCCACCCGCCCUAUCCCCGACAUGAACCACACCAUUGACGAGGUGUGUGAAAGAUUGCAUUGGCACCUUCGUCCCUUGCCAUCACCUCGUACUCUGGAUCAGGUUGUGAAGAGAGACAUGGCCAAAAAUGGUUCUUGGAUGGACCUUCGACGUGAUUCAGAAACUGCCCUUGUCGACAUUUGUGAAGACAUUUUCGAACGCCUGAUUGAGGAAACGGUGUUUGGCCUUUCUAGUUAGAAAAUGACAGCAGCAGCAGCAGCAUAUGCUUGUGAAAAGAAACUUGUGCUUGUGUUCACGUUUACCUUACUGUGGGAUUUGUUUUUCACUAACUUGGCCUUUGACAUACAUACGAGCAUAUCACAUAAUCCCCCGGGAACGAUCAUGAUCUGAUCGUUGUUUCGAUCGGGAAAGGAAGUGUGCAAGCUGAGGGUGGCUCGCGCUCUUCCUUAGUGUUGAUUGUAGAACUGAGCUAGUAGUGGUAGUAAGAUCCCUUUUGGUGUGGUUUUCAGAGUUCUCUUCUUGUUGAAUUUACAGGCAGUGGAGUUACUAUGUGUAAACAUGAGGUGUGAAUUCUUAUUCUUAUGGAGGGAUGAGAAAUUAAUAAAACAGGAGAUGGGAGUUCUCCAACUCGGUUCCAUCAUCCAUGCAUGUGUUACUCCAUUAUCAGUUUACAGUUUGACCUGUUGUUCACAGUAGCAAGCAGUGUACAAGUGCAACAAUGGAGUGCAGUGGUGGAACUUAGUGUAUUGCAUGAGGGCUAAAGUCUUCUCUCAACUUUCAUCUAAUGUUAUAAUUUAUGUAUUCAUAUCCUGAGAAACCAUAAAAGGAGCUAUUAGUCGUCUCUUCCAAGAUUUAUGUUCAAUGGUAGGAAAUUGUGG